AUGGACCACGAACCCUCCGAGCUGUCGCGAGAACGUGCGGUCUCCUCAGAGCCUUGUUCAACUCGAGCUUACCCUUACAACCAAGACGACAGCUCUUCCCGCAAACGCCAACGUGUUUCCCGUGGAGAUUCGCGCAGUAGAUCUGCGGAAACCAACGGUGAAUCAGGCUCGGCGCCGCCGUCUACCCCUCCACGAGACAACGAGAGCACAAGAAGAGAGCUCGACAUUGCCCCGCCUCGCACUCCCACUCGAACACUUUCAGACCUUCCUGUGCCCGAGCCUACAUCGAGCAGAGUAACGAUCAAUCUGCGGACCCAGCGUACCCUCGAAGACGCUCCUUCGUCGCCAGUCUCGCCUUCAACGCCCUCCAAAAUGGUCAAUGGCGGCGACGAUACCGGCACGAGAGUCAGUGUAGAGUCAGAAAGCGACGCUUUGUCGACCGUCCCCCCUAUUGGGACUCCUUCUUCAUCCCCUUCCUCUCCUACAAGGAGUCCUACGGUCGAGUUGGUGUCAAUCUCUGAGGAUGAUGCGGAAUAUGAGGAGAUCAGUCCGGCAGUGCUCGAGGGAGACCUGGUAACAAGGGACCCUAUGCCGGAUUUUCCUUAUCUAGAAAACCAAACCUCGGUCGAAGCUGUACGAAAGAUAUCCCGGUUCUUUUCACAUGAUGAUGUGAAUGACGAUGUUGUCUUCUGCAAGCUGCGUGACUGGAUGAAAAAGAUGUUGAGCUAUGCCGAUGGCUCUCGAAAAUUAUACGAACAUUUUGUCAGUAAUCGAGAGUUUUGGACGACAUUUCCAGAGAUAUUUUGGGGAUUAAACGCACGCAGGCAAGGACCCUUCCUACCAAAUUAUAAUGCAAAUAUUGAUACGAGGUGUUCCAACAGUCGAUUUUUCGGUAAUUUUCUACAGCGAAGCCAGCAAGGCCGCCGUGUGCUGUCCGAACUAUUCCAUCUAUUGGCAAUGCUAACUGGAAGGUUUGUUGCGAUGGAUAUUAUGACACUUACCUACCACAAACAAAGAGCAGGUACUGAGCAAGAUCCAGAUCUUGGGUCUUAUCGAAUAUUGGAGAUCCUAUCCUGGCUCCUGACCCGAAAAGAAGAGCAGCAGCACAUUGGGAGAAAUCUUGAAGCACAUUACAGCUGGGUGUGGGAGAAUGAAGUGCACAAAAUGAGUCUACGAUUUCAAGAAGAGGGUGGCGCAAUACCCAGACUAACUCGACUUGUCCGAGGACAGCUUCCUCUGCUGGGGAGACAACCCAAAAUUAUUGAGAGCCUAAUGGAAACGAGUCGCAUAGUAGGAAAGGUCGUGAUGGAUGAAGCAUCUCUGCUCGAAAACUCGCCGCUUCGACCUUUUAUUGACGCUGCUCUGCAGCACAUUUCUGAAGGAUUUGACUACUUCAAAGUCAUGUCUAGUGGCCUCGAGAAUAUCAUCGACAAGCACGUCACCUGCCUCACGCCGGACAUCGCCCUGGUGCACAUCACGAAUCUGACCGACAUCUUCCAAAAGGCGUUGACAUUUGAGGACUCCUCGACUCGACUGUUGAUUGACAAACGGCUUAAGCUAGAGCCUCAAAUUUCUCGAAAGGCUAUGCCAAUGGUACUUGCUUAUGAAUGGCGAUUCACUAUCCUCAAAAGCCUUAUUACCUCCACCCAGAUGCAACUACGCGUAAUCGGCGCUACAACAAUGUGUGCUGAUUUGUUGACAUUGUAUAAUCAAAGCAAAAACACGGAGCCAUCGCAAAAUCCUACUCUCGUUUUCCUUGCCAAUUUCGUUCUUCACCACAAGCUGAUUGACUACCUUGUUAGUAUCGGGUCGCAUCCUGAAAUUAUCAACGAGAGCCACAACAUACUUGGCUUCUUGAUUGUCACGAAGACAUAUCCUUCUGAGUUGACCGAUCGGAUUUGGAACACCGUCACGACAAGCCAGGACCCUAGGGUGGUGGAGGCGAUAUUGAAGAUGAUACAGCAAUGCUUGAAUUUACACGAUUACUCUGCUGUUCUCUACCUUUGCCAGAAGGCUAAUGGGCUUCCUCUCGCCUCGUUUAAUCCAGCAAUGCGGGAGUUUUGUGCUCGCGUCUUUCAGCAGCUAAUCGAAAAAGCAAAACCUUUAAGUCUUCCUUUCCUGGAUGCCCCGCCCUUUACUUUGUGCGUUCGAAUUAUUCGAGAAUCCUCAGUCAUUACUCCUCAAGUCCCAAAUGGCUACCCGGAUAUACAGAAUUUUGCUGCCACAAAAUUUCUGGAAUUGUUACAAAGCGGAAUCGAUGUCAAAACUCGACAGAAUAUUUACGCUGGUUGCAUUGAAGACAUGUCGUCGAAUGCUCCUACGGCGCCUGGGAGUAUUUGUGUCCUUCACGCCCUCAUUCAACAGAACAAAAGUGACUUAAACUCGCUGACAAAUGACCAUGGUCUUACACGCUUAGUUGUCGAAGAAAUAGAGCAACGGCAGAACCACAUUCAAUCUUCUCUCCUUCAGAACAGCCCUAUAAAUCUUGCGCGCAGAAAGCUUCUCUACAUGAUCCUCGAUCUCCAGGCAGAUACUGUAACCCCGGAUCUAGGCCAGCGUCUUUGGAAUCAGAUUGUGGGGAUUGAGUCGGCCAACGAAGUAGAACGAGCUCAUUCCUGGGGAAUCUUAAACAAGAUAAAUAAAACUCAUCCGGGGAAUGCUUAUAUUACCACGUGCUUCAAAGAGCAUCUCCCGAAACUACCACCUCAAUGCUUCACUGAGGGUGCUCUUGAAUUCUGUCGCUCGGCAGUCACAUCGUGGUUGGCUUCGGCAAAAGAAAACCACACCGGUGGCGAGUUCUGUUUCGACUCUCCGGGACUGGAGCAGCUCUGGCGUAUGAUACUCUGCGCACCCCCGUUUACCAUCGACGCGAAGGCAAUUUCCAUUCUUGUUGAGGUUUAUCUAGAGAGCCAGCUUAUUAGAUCAUUGUCACGAGCAGAUGCCAAACGCAUACAUCUUGCUCUUGUUAAACGGUGUUUAGAGCAGUUGGCCACAGCUGCAUCUCAGCUCAAAGCAUACAGUAAUGGUAUAUCUAACGGUGAUGAUGAUGGCAUGGUGAUAGUGCCAUCGGAAUCUCAAUUCAACGAACAGGAACAAAUAUUCGCUCGCUCGCUGGCAGUUCUGAGGGAAUUUUUAAAAGCAUAUCAGACGAAACCUCACUUUACAGCGGUAAAACCACGGCCUUUUGUGGCCAGGAAGCCCAGUGUAGCUCAAGGCGAGCCUUUGACGGUGAAGUAUCAAUCAUUUGAUGGCAACGUGUCUACGGAGGUAAAGGAGUUACAUCUAGGGAAGUUGAAUACCACAGCAGCUCUUCUGGCAAGCCUAGAACAAGCUACUGGAUUUCAAAAUUACAGCAUAUAUGUGGCAGGCCAACCUUUCACACCCGAUGAAGCUGCGCUUUCAAAAUCACUUGACGAUCUACGGCUCACAAGCCUGGUUCUAGUUCGACGCCAGGACGGUUCUAUCAUACCCUCAAACGGUUCCGAAGCGUCCCUUGAAACGGAAAUAAUGAAGCACUUUGAGGAACUUUGGGGCUAUCUUGGAAUGCAAGAAAAAGUCGCUCGAGAGAUUUACACAUUCUUAAUCAAGUUUCCUGUCUAUGAGAGAUUACUUCAGGAUUUUGAUUCACAAGAAACAGUCUAUACUGAUAUUUUCCCACAUGGACAACCGUUCCGGUGUCUUUAUGCUAUCCACGCACUACGAGAAUAUAUCGCUGGAGAGUCGAAGAGGGGGGGAGUUAAUGAGACAUCUUUAUCUAGGGCUAUUUCUCUUCUUGUCGCCGCGAUUUGUGACGAAGAAAUCUUGGCUGGGUGUGCAACAACACCAUUGAACGAGUCGCUUGCUAUUCAUCUAAUCGAUUGUCUGAUACAAUUCCUCAAAGAACCAAUUGUUCCCUCCAAUGUUGCCCCUCACCUUAGUGCAACCCUACUUCAACGGCUGUUGAGUAUCCUGGAUACCGCUAGGUCUUGUGCCUCUACAGAAGGCUCGGUGAAACUAACAUGCAGCGCGUUCGAGGCAUUGUUAGAAUGUUCAUUGCACAAGCCUCCACUAUGGGUAUCUUUUGCUUCUCACCUGGAGAGUAGCUCCCUCCUUGGUGAUUUGGUUCUUCGCGAUAGUCGUCCGGUCGUAAGAAAACAUGUUGCUAAGCAAAUCGUCAGUAAAUGUACUUUCAGUCCCAGCAUGGCUCAAGUGUCAACUUCUGAUUUUAUUGUUCAAUUCUGGCCUAUGGUUGAGUCCUUAGUAUCAAAAGCUACUCGCUAUCCACGACAAUGUGAAGAGGCCUUUCUGUUAGCGCAUACGCUUCUGAAGAGACUUGCGGAGACCUCUCUAGACUUUCUUGAUCUCGAGGCGUUUGUGAAGUCUUGGGGGGCUCUAUUGAUCCAACACAAGUGCAUAGAGGUCAUUGGACAACCCGAAAGCCUCGACCCCGUCGUUCAGGGUCUGAUUAAUCUUCUUUACUGCGCUGCUUCUUUUGGCAAGGCAUCUAAAAAGACUCUGGCAUGCAGUAAAAUUGGCUACGAGCUUUUCACGAGACAUCUCUUUCCAGAGACCCAUUUGUCGAUCCCCUAUGAUCAAGAUCGAGCUUUCACUCCUAGCAUUCCGCUCUUGCACCCAUUCACUCGACAUACUAUGUCGGAAACGAUAUUUCUGCUCGUCAAGGAUGACCCUAUCUGGUAUGAAAAGACUCUUCAGUGCUUACUUGACCUCGUACCUUAUGAUGGGACGCUCGAAGAUUCACCGUAUAGCUAUGAGCUCAUUUUUUUCUUGGAUAGAGCAAAGCACAUUCGCUCACCUACCGGCUACGUGGGCUUGAAAAAUCUUUCGAACACAUGCUAUCUCAAUUCACUUUUCACGCAGCUUUUCAUGAAUAUUCCAUUCAGAAACUUUAUGAUACAUGCGCAGAAUGCUGAUGAGGGAGCUUCUCAAAGGCUACUGCACGAAACGCAACUACUCUUCUCGAACAUGCAGAAUAGCCUGGUGCGGUAUGUAGACCCCCAGAACCUUGCUGCUUCAAUCCGCACCUAUGAAGAGACCCCUAUUGAUGUCCAUAUCCAAAUGGAUGUUGAUGAAUUUUAUAACCUUCUAUUCGAUAGAUGGGAGGGUCAAAUUUUAUCACCUGAAGCCAAGAAGGCUUUCCGUGCCUUUUAUGGCGGUCAAUUGGUGCAGCAGGUAAAGUCAAAGGAGUGCCCUCAUAUUUCGGAACGUCUGGAGCAGUUCUCCGCAAUACAGUGUGACAUCAAAGGGAAAACUUGUUUGCAGGAGAGUCUACAAGCCUAUGUAGAUGGAGAGGUUAUGGAGGGUGACAACAAAUACAAGUGCUCAACGUGUGACCGCCAUGUAGAUGCUGUUAAACGGGCGUGUUUAAAGGACAUUCCUGAUAACCUUAUAUUCCACCUGAAGCGCUUUGACUUCAACUUGCGGACCUUACAACGUAGCAAGAUCAACGACCAUUUUUCAUUCCCCAGUAAAAUCGAUAUGCGGCCAUACAAAGUAGAAUACUUGAUGGAUAAUCCCGAGGAUGUUUCGGAGGAUGUUUUUGAACUAGUUGGCGUCCUGGUACAUGCGGGUACUGCGGAGUCUGGUCACUACUACUCGUACAUUCGGGAGAGACCCUCAACGAGCGAGAAAGAGACGUGGCUCGAAUUUAACGAUGACCUUGUGACUUCGUGGGAACCAAAUUCAAUGGAGCAUGCGACCUUUGGUGGUUUUGACUAUCGCCCGGACGGCACUCCGUAUGAAAAGUCAUACAGCGCUUAUAUGCUAUUUUACCAGAGAUCCUCGGUCCUCGCCUCUCAACAGCAGUCUCUUGUCGCGUCGAAAACCUCAAGCCCUGUUCGCUUACCUGUACCUGCUGAGAUAUCCAAUCAGAUCGCCCUGGAAAAUGAGUUACUGAUGCGUAAAUAUUGUAUAUACGACCCGUCUCAUCUGCAGCUCGUCACCAGGAUGCUGCUUCACGUCAGAAAGCUGAAUGGUGGUCAGUGUUCUGAGCAACACCUCCUUGAGAGAAAGGCGCUAUUCAUGGCCUUAAAUCAUCUCGACCAGGUUGUGACGCGCACGAAAGACCUACCGGAUUUCCCUAACUUCAUGAUGCUUAUCAAACAGGCGUGCUUCAGCUGCGCGGAGUGUACGCGUGACUACCUAGAAUGGUAUUGCACCCACCCAGAUACCCUUCGUCAUAUGUUACUUCGGAAUCCGGACGCCAUGGUCAGGAACGAAAUUGCAACAUCAAUCCUUUCAGCGUUACAAAAGGUGAAAUCGGAUCUACCGUAUGCCUACGGUCUUAGUGGGGACGACGGUAGUACUGGAGUGGACGAUAUUGAAAAUGACGAUCCGCACAUUAUCCAGAAAAUCGUCGUAGGUCUUGUUAAGAUUUGGGACAUAUUUCAUAUCAAUUGCCGCGCUUGGCCGGAGUAUUUUGGCCUUCUAGCCAGUAUCGCUGGGUUGGGGAAUCAUGAAGCUGUACUCCUCCUAGACGCAGCAUAUCUUCGAAAGGUAUUGGAGGUGAUUUGUGCGGAUACUAAUUUGGCGCUUACCCCGCAGCUCUCGCGGAUGCUAAAUAUUGUGUCCAAACGCUUCCACACCAAGCCUGUCAAUUUCGAAGCAGUCAUCACUCUGCUUUGGAGACUUAUGAAUGCGUGUGACCGUUCAUCUGAGCCGGUGCACGACAACGAAAUGCGUUUUGAUCUACUCAUGGGGGAAGAGGGCCGAGUACCACUAACAAUCACGGAGCGCGAUAUAUUUUGUCAACGUUGGACAAGAAGCAAUGUUCUCAUUCUGGUGGAGAAGCUUCUUCUCAUCAACCAAAAUCCGAUACAUACCCACGAGAUCAUCACAACUCUUAUGUCUUGGGAUGAUGAUGAGCUGGACCCUUGCAUCUACUCUGCGAUCAAUGCCGGUAUCAAAAGAGUAUCAGCCACUUCUCUAGCAGGUCCCUUCUUGAAGGCCGCCAUCGUCUAUUGUGAGAACACCGAUUCCAACAGGGCACCUCAUGUCUUAGAUCAGAUCAUGAAAUGUGCGAAAGAUGUCGACCACACCGAAGGCAGGGAGUUCUUACGGUUCUUCAAGGAGAUAGCUCGGGUAUCUCCAUCAGAUGCGUCCAAUUUACAUCCAGACUACCUUCUCAACCAAAUGCUUCGCAACGUUGGCAUGUGGGCACCGCCUUUAUUGACCUAUUAUGAGGCUCCGGUUAGGCUGGAGACUGAGGAUUUUCUGACAGACCUGAUCAUAUCCCAUGGGCCAGAUGCUGAUUUUGGACCUUCUUCCGAGGCCGACGAGAAGUCUAGCAUCAUAACUGAAGCGGGUCAGAAACUAGGUGUUGCAUGUCUCAAGUAUCUGGACGACACGUUUAUCCGGGCUCGCCAACAAGCAGUAAGGUCAUCAUUAGUCAGUAUUUCAAACGUUAUUCAGAGUUGCCAGCCAUUUUUCGACGAAGAUCAGGGUGAUCAACUAUCCCACCAAUUUUUCGAUCUGAGAAGCACUGUCCCCAACAAUUUGAAAAGGCUAGAGGUUGAAGAGGUGGAUGAAGAAGUAUCUGAUUGGGUGGGAUCAGAAGAAGACUAUGAUUCCGAGCCAAUGGGGAGCAUCGCCGAGCUCGGAAACCCACCACAUGAUGACCUUAACGACGUUGAUGUCUAA